AUGUCUCUUCCUAAGCGGGAGGUGGAAGAGUUAAGGCCUUGGGUGGAGCGAACUGUGAAGAAGGUGCUGGGUUUCUCAGAGCCCACUGUGGUCACUGCAGCUCUGCACUGUGUUGGGAAGGGGUUGGACAAAAGAAAGACCAUAGAUCAGCUACGUCCCUUUCUUGAUGAUUCAGCUGGAGGUUUUGUGGAACGUCUUUUUGAAGCUUUAGAGGAGAGCCGUAGUGCCCGUGGCAACAAGGGAGCAGGAGAAAAGAAUCGCAAGAGGGAUAUUAAGGAUGUGUUUGGUGAUGAGUCUGAAGUGGGUGCAGUAAGAGACACUGCAGAUCCAGGAGAUGGGACAGUUGCAAAGCGCAAAAGGGUCCCUCGUUUUGAGGAAGUGGAGGAGCCUGAAGUCAUACCUGGACCUCCAUCUGAGAGUCCCGGCAUGCUCACCAAAAUGCAGAUCAAACAGAUGAUGGAAGCAGCAACAAAACAGAUAGAAGAGAGGAAGAAACAACUCAGCUUUACCUCAUCAGUCCCGAAUGCAUCACGGUUGCCUCUUCCUACACCUGAAGUCCCAGCAAUGUCACGGCUUCUGGGGGCCUCUGCUGCAGGUGGUGGUGGUGUUUCAUCCAUCGCUCCUUCACAGGCUGCCAGUUUCAUGAAUGAUGCAAUUGAAAAGGCCCGUAAAGCUGCUGAGCUACAAGCUCGUAUCCAAUCUCAGUUGGCCAUGAAACCUGGUAUCCUUGGGGCGUUGGGGAACACUGGGCCUCACAACCUGGUGGCAUUGGCGAAUCUGCAUGCAAUGGGCAUCGCACCACCUAAAGUGGAGGCUAAAGAGAUAAAUAAACCAACGCCUCUUAUUCUGGAUGACAAGGGAAGAACUGUGGAUGCCAGUGGUAAAGAGGUUGAACUGACACACCGCAUGCCCACACUGAAAGCUAAUAUUCGUGCCGUUAAGCGGGAGCAGUUCCGACAGCAGCUGAAGGAGAAACCUGGUGAGGAACUGGAGUCUACAUCCUACUUUGAUCAACGUGUGUUUAUAACACCAGCUCAGCGUGCUCGCAGAAGCUUUAAAUUUCAUGAACAAGGACGAUUUGAGAAAAUUGCACAAAGAAUAAGAACAAAGGCCCAACUGGAAAAGCUGCAGAAUGAGAUUGCUCAGGCAGCAAGGAAGACAGGAAUCCAAGCAUCUACUAAGCUGGCUCUGAUUGCCCCUAAAAAGGAGAUUGGAGAAGGGGAGGUGCCCAAUAUUGAGUGGUGGGACUCCUUCAUUCUACCCUCCAACAUAGAUAUCACCCCAUUCACAAAAUUUGAGGAUUUGGAGCUCUUUGGUGUGACCAACCUUGUGGAACAUCCAGCUCAAAUUAGCCCUCCAGUUGACACUGAUAAGCCAGUAACACUAGGUGUAUACUUGACAAAGAAGGAACAGAAGAAACUAAGACGACAGACAAGAAGAGAAGGUCAAAAAGAAGUGCAAGAGAAAGUGCGUCUGGGUCUGAUGCCUCCCCCUGAACCAAAAGUACGCAUCUCUAACCUGAUGAGAGUGUUGGGGACGGAGGCAGUUCAGGACCCCACAAAAGUUGAGGCCCAUGUCAGAGCACAGAUGGCCAAGAGACAGAAGGCACAUGAGGAAGCAAAUGCAGCUCGCAAACUCACAGCAGAGCAAAGGAAAGAGAAAAAAGUCAAGAAGUUAAAAGAAGACCUCACAAAUGGUGUUCAUAUUUCAGUGUACAGAAUCCGCAAUCUGCAAAAUCCCGCCAAGAAGUUUAAGGUGGAGGCCAAUGCCAACCAGCUGUAUCUGACUGGCACUGUAGUUCUGCACAAAGAUGUUAACAUUGUAGUGGUGGAAGGAGGCCCCAAAUCUCAGAAAAAGUUCAAGAGGCUAAUGAUGCACAGAAUCAAAUGGGAGGAACACAACAGUAAAAGAGAUGAUCCAGAUGGUGGUGAUGAUACAAAAAGGAACAACAAAUGCUGGCUGAUUUGGGAGGGCACAGCUAAAGAGCGUAGUUUUGGAGAGAUGAAGUUUAAGCAGUGCCCGACAGAGAGCAUGGCCAGAGAACAUUUUAAGAAGCACGGUACCGAACACUACUGGGAUCUCGCCCUCAGCCAGAGUGUAUUGGACGGCACAGAUGACUGAUACCCAGCAGAGGCGCAUCCUGUGCCAUUCGACGCCCUCUUACACCUCAGGCACACAGAUAGACCUACAGCCUCGCACUCCUGACAGGCUGGCUUCAUCUGGGGUUGGACAAACAGACUUUUUGGGUUUUUUUUGAAGACUGCAUCUUCAACAUGGAAAAGGAGGAACAACAAACCUGUGUGGAUGUUUUUUGUGAUAGUGUGGCAGAUCGGAGUGUGCGAAGGACUGUAAGUGUGUGAAUGCCUGCAUCACUGUUAUCUGUUUGGUGGUAGGAUGUGCUGUCAGAUAUUUUAAUACUGAAUACAAACUGAUAAGUCACACUGUGAUGUAUAUCACUUAGCCAUGGUUUAAUGUGAUGACAAACAGUGUUUGGUUAUGUUAUGACUGAAAUUCUGUGAUGAAAUCCCAAUAUUAUCCCUGUUUGAAAUAAGAAGUUGACAAUAUAAAAACCGCUCCAUACCUGCACUACCACAGUGGCAGUACAUUUAGAGGAAACAUGGGUAAUGUUAUCAUGUUUUAAGACUUAUUGGUUUCAUAACAAAGUGAAAACAGAUUGUGCAUAUUUUUUUUCUUUUGAAAAAGCAAGUUUGACUCACCUGUAGCUACAUUUCUCUGUAACGUUGCAGUCACAUCCUUAAAUAAACGGCAACAUUGGACUGGU